AUGACAGCGGGUACAAGCUUAGUAGUACCCAUAGUAUUAUGGGGUCGUAUAGCUCCUACUCAUUGCAUUUCCUGCAUCUACUUGUCUCGAGAUCAGAAAACGCUGGUAACGGGAUGUUACGAUGGCCAGAUAUGCCUGUGGCAAGUAGACCCCGCGACGUUAAAGAUGACUCCGAGGUGUCUACUUGUUGGCCACACCGCACCGAUUUUGUGCCUGAGCCGAGCGAGCGUUAUUAUGGAACAGAACUAUAUCGUCAGUAGCAGUGAGAGUGGAGAGAUGUGUACUUGGGACUUAGUAGAUGGAAAAUGCAGAGAAGCUGUAAAACUUAGUAGUGUUCACACACAGAUGUUGCCUUAUGUCUCCGCUGGUGGAGAGGACGUUAGACUUUUUUGCUCCGGGUAUUAUCCUGAGGUUUUAGUGAUGGACCCGUUUAGCCUGGAAGUUUUAUUCACCUUAAGCUCGCGUGUUAAUCCUGACUGGAUCAGUGCUUUGCACGUUCUGCGGCCGGCCAAACGGAAAGGUCGGUUCUACGUGCAUACAAACGACGUUGUGCUGGCCUUAACGACGACCGGGACGGUCAAAGUGUGGACUCUCCUUGGACACGAGAAUCGUAACAGUGAACCACUUUACGAACACGAGAGCAAACAAAUACGAUGCUUAAACGCGCUUGCAAUGACCUGUUGCCCGUACAAUCAGAGAACAGUAUUAAUUGUCUGUUCGAAACACUGGCAGGUAUACGACGCUGGCGAUUUCUCUCUUCUAUGUUCAAUUACUGCGCCCUGUGGCGAACGUUGGAUGGCCGGCGACUUUUUAGCUGCGGACAGAGUCAUCCUGUGGAGUGACGAAGGUCACGGCUACCUCUACAAACUACCGGCUAAGGUUCUGGUACAACUCGACAGCAAGUUGAAGGGCAAGGCUCUCAGCAGUAGCGUUGCAGACAAUAAAAAUUUUCAUACCGCGGCUGCCGAAUACGACCAGCCCUACCUCUACUGCACUCUGACGCAGCCCGGGGACAAGCCUUUGUCCUGCCCACCAGCGAUGCGUUUAGUCACCGUCCAGAAACAGAGUAAAACAGUGAAAUAUCUGUUACGAGGUGACAGCGAGGGAGUCGUUAUCCUUUGGACAGUGCCGGAGGUCUCGGCCCAACAGUUGACUCAAAUUUGCCAAAACGAUCGGUCGACCGCGCUUGAGUUACCGCCGAUAGUGAAAACCAGCAUCGAGAUUGCUUGGGCCGAGAUGAAACCGCCGCCGGUCGGAAUAUUAGAUCAGCUGGACAGCGGGGAUGGGAACGGGAUCAAAUUAACAGCCUGUAUAUAUUUGCCGCAGCAGAGCCGUUUGGUCGUCGGCCGCGAGGACGGCAGUAUCAUCAUCGUUCCUGCGACGCAAACGGUUAUGCUUCAACUGCUUCACGGCAAUCAUCAGCAAUACGAUGAUUGGCCGCCGCACCAAGUGCUCGUGGGUCACACCGGACGAGUGAAUUGCCUUCUGUAUCCGCACGGAGCGGCUCCUCGUUACGAUCGGUCUCAUCUCGUCUCGGGAUCCGUAGACUUCGCCGUGUGCCUGUGGGACCUUUACGCCGGUACACUCAUUCACAGAUUCUGUGUCCACGCGGGUGAGAUCACGCAGUUGAUGGUACCGCCUGAGAACUGCAGUCUUAGAAUACAGAAGUGCGUCUGCAGCGUUGCGUCGGAUCACAGCGUUACUUUGUUAUCGUUGGCAGAAAGAAAAUGCGUCGUUCUCGCUUCACGACAUUUGUUCCCAGUUGUCACGAUAAAGUGGAGGCCGCUUGACGAUUUCAUGAUCGUCGGAUGCUCGGACGGAGCUGUCUACGUCUGGCAAAUGGAAACCGGUCAUUUAGAUCGUGUGUUACAUGGUAUUAUUGCGGAAGAGGUUCUCUACGCGUGCGACGAAAAUACUAUUGCUGCGGCUGGCGGAUCGGCCACGGGCGGGGAACUAGGCUUAGCUAAUCCUGCUGUACAUUUCUUUAGAGGUUUGAGGCACAGAAAUCUCUCGGCCAUAAGACACGCGACUCAACGAGGCUUACACCAGCUACAGCAACUACAUGGUGGCCACGGGGUCGACCAUGGCAGUCAGAUAAAGGCAAAGGGCACGCCGCUUAUGAUUCAAGGGUUCAGGAGUAAUCCAAAGGAUCCGGAAAGUCAUAUAUUAUUUUUUGACAUAGAGGCAUUAAUAGUACAACUACUUAGUGACGAAUAUGGAGCAAUGUCGCCAGGCUCUUUGGAAGCGCAAGGUCUAAUCUCGGCCUCCGAGUAUCAGAAAGUCGCGGCGCUCACCCAGUCUGCCAGUCCGGACGCUCAUAAAAAGAUCGCAGAUUUUUUCGGUCGCGUCAAGGAUAAGGCAGGCGAUGUUGAACGAAUUUUAAAGGAGAAGGAUCGUCACGGUAUAUUGGCUAAAAUGAAGGAGGGUGCGGAGAACGUACACACUAAGUUUCAGGCCAAGGUGGAAAGCGUUGGCCUCAAGCCGUCGACUCUCGACGGCAAAGGUGACAAUUGGAACAAUAACGAAGCAGCGAAGAACAAUUUGAAGAGGAACGGUGCGUUCAGCGAACCGAAUGCGACUAUGGAAGUUGCUCAACUUAUACUGAGCUUGAUACACGCGUGGGGCAUCGAUCCAGAUUUGGACCGGGUCUGCGAAGGGAAAUUAGGUUUAUUAAGACCGAUGGUUCCUGUUUCGUUCGGGGUAUUAUCCAAAGGAGGCUACAUGUCGCUGCUGUUACCGACUUGGCAAACGCAGUUGGAACCGUUGGCCGAGCCGGCGACUCAACUGGAACAACGUUUACCAGCGGAAUUGGUGCGACAGGAAAGACUCACCAGAGCGUUUACGGCGAGAGCGCAUUGGGAACUGUCUACCACGUUAACUAGCAAUCAUUUAUUAGCGGUAGUAGCUUUAGCAAAUACUUUAAUGUCAAUGAACAAUGCCACUUUUGUACCUGAACAAGAACGAAACCGUAAACUGCACCGGCCUGGGAAUAGAUCCACGGUUAACUGGAACAAAGCCGAGGAGGAGAACGAAGAGAUUUAUACCGCGCAGCAAGCACAAAUUAAACAAGGCUGGUCUCUUCUAGCUACGCUGCAUUGCGUGCUAUUGCCAGAUAAAAUAGUAUCGCAAACCGGCGUUAAAACUUUCAAACGGCCUCAAGUCGAAAUGAUGGCUCGUAGAUGGCAACAUCAGUGUCUCGAGAUUCGCGAGGCUGCUCAGGCUUUGUUACUCGCCGAAUUGGGGAGAAUGGGUCCGAAGGGGAGGAAAGCCCUCGUAGACAGCUGGUCGCAAUAUUUACCAAUGUACAGCACCCAAGAACCUAUCGCGCCGCAAUCGCAGAACCCGAGUCCACCGGCUCCGGGCAGUCCUGUUCCCGUGACCGAGCCCAAUCCGGAAGAGGAAGACGAGGAAGAGGAAUUGACGGAAGCUAGGAAACCGUCGAGCGUGGCGGAAUUGAAACGGAAGCAGACGACCGCGGUGGUCCUGUUGGGUGUGAUAGGCGCCGAGUUCGGACAAGACGUGGCUACCACGAAUCAGAAGAGGGACAACGAUCAGAGACGGAAAAGUUCGAUCGUAGAAGGUUUCGGGAUAGGGAACAACAAUCUCGCUAGGCAUACCAGCAUGGCUCUGAUGCAUCUUUUGCACGCGCCUCACUCGCCGAAAUUGCCGUUGCACACGGCAUUACGAAGGGCCGCGAUCGAUCUCAUUGGUAGAGGUUUCACCGUCUGGGAACCGUACCUUGAUGUGUCAAAAGUGUUAUUGGGAUUGCUAGAAAUGUGUUGCGACGCCGAUAAGUUAGUUCCGAACAUGACGUACGGGCUUCCGUUGACACCUCAGGCGGACACGUGCCGCACCGCGCGGCACGCUUUAACUUUAAUCGCUACCGUCCGGCCCGCGGCGUUCAUCACUACGAUGGCACGCGAGGUGGCCAGAUACAACACGCUGCAGCAGAACGCGCAGACGUUGAAUGUAAAUAUGAACCAGAGCGUUCUCGUCAGGGCGAAGCCGGAGAUACUCAGGAUCGUCGAACAGUUGAUCGAUAAAAUGCAGAGCGAAAUGAGCGAUCUCUUGGUCGAGGUGAUGGAUAUUAUUUUGCAUUGUCUGGAUCCGGGCCACCUUAAAGCUAAGCCGUUGAGCGAAGUGUUCCCGGCUGCGUGUAGAUUUAAUCAAGUAAGCCACUGUCCGGCAACUCGCAGGAUAGCUGUAGGAAGUCGUAACGGUCAGUUGGCUUUAUACGAAUUGCGAGGGAACGUUAAAUGCCAAACCGUACCCGCGCAUUCGGCGCCUCUAACUGCAUUAGCAUUUUCACCCGAGGGCAAGUUCCUGGUUAGCUAUUCCUGUUCGGAGAAUAAGUUAUGUUUCUGGCAGCAAACAAGCAGCGGUAUGUUCGGCCUAGGUAAUUCGCAGACGCGUUGCGUGAAAUCGUACAGCACCGCGCCUAUAAAUGACGUGGCACGAUUGAACCCGAUGCGACUAGCACGAUUAAUAUGGAUAAAUAAUCGAACAGUCACGUUAAUGCUCGCCGACGGAUCUGAAACACGAUUCAACGUGUAAAGAUACUCCCUAUUAAUGCCUAUCGAAUGAAUGAAAAGAAAUGGAAAAAUUGAAUGUGAAAUGGGAUCAGCGAAAGCCAGAAGAUAAUAUUAAUAUUUAGGAGAGAGAGAGAGAGAGAGAGAGAGUGGUAAAAACGAAAGUGCUGUCAUGAACGUUGGUGCACUUAUUGGUACUUAAUAGUACUAGUGUUAAAAUAACUCGAUAUAUCGUAUCGUACAGAGUUAUAUAUACUCGAGGAUGAAGUUCAUCGUUGCAAGAGGCAGGAUACAGCAUCGCUAUUGCCGUCGAGUGUAUGGUACGAAAAUUUGUUCCUUAUCAAUUUUAUCUCGUUUUCCUGUAACUUCCAUCUCACUUUUUGUUGGCCUCUUAAGAAACGUCAUGCUUUCUUUUUCCAUUGUUGUUACAGUUAUUCAACGUAGGUCGAAUAUCAUCACGCUUUGACGAAAAAAUUAUUCCUCUUAUCUAGCAAUUCCGUCGCGUUCGAUAGCCAGUUAUAUAAAUUCCAAUUUUCAUUUCGUUAUAAGUCCCGCGACUGUUAAAAACAUUUUCAUUUACUAACGAGUAGAAUCUGUCCACCGCUUCUACGCGAGGAUUUAUUUUACAUAAUGCUACCGCGUGCGCGCGGUUCGAAGACCACGAUUAAGCCCUUUAAUAGUUAAAUAAAAAGGUUGCCGUAAGGAGCCUCGCAUUGAAAGUACAUACACAUGUAUAUAAGCAUACAAAUGAAGAUGAAGAAGAGAAGAAGUGAUCGCCCAAAGAUUUGUACAUAAGUAACACACCGGCGAGUCGUAUAGGUCUAUAUAAUCAUUUGUAUGGAGCGUCUUAUGUUUAAUCCGUUUUAUCUGUAUAGUUAAAUAUGCUUCAAAGGAAUUCCUGUUUUACAAAUUUUACACACGUGUUAGAAUCUGCGUAAUUUGUACCGCUUAGCGAGCGAUCGUUAAAUAUGUAUACGUACUUCCUCGAGUCUUAAUACGAGUUGAGAAAACCGUCGAGAGAUUUGAUCGCGCUUGGGAGCUAGAAGAGUCCUGAGACCGGUUGAACGUCGCAACUUCGUGACACGCAAACAGACAAAUUAAUUUUCGGAGCAAUUACUCGGACUGUUACAAAAGUAUGUCUCGCGUAAAUGCCGCGAGGAACCCUUUUCGUCGCGAGAUUUACGUGAGGUCACACGUAUAUUCCAUAGUUACCUUAUGAUUGUUAGAAAUAUUCCACGCGAUUAGUAAUAUUUAUUUGAUCGAAGCGAAACUGACCGAGGAAUUGCCUUUAUCAUUUUCCUCUCCCGAGGCUCGCUCGGAAACGGCAGCGAAACGGAGGGUGUAGACGAUAUUACGAUUGUUUAGUAUAAUUUAUUGUGUUUACGACGUAUUUCAAUAAGUCUAGCGCAAUGUUCCGAGUAACUGUGUGUAGAUUUCGAAAGAAAAAUCAACGUCUCCAUCGUCGGGUAAAUUCAACAGAAAUAAUUAAGUCGCGCAAAUGGAUAAAUUAAUUCCGGAUGGAGCUGAUAGGCAGCGGUAAAAAUGAAGAGAAAACAAAUCUCGGAUAGCGAAUUAUGUUAUACUAUAUUGAAUGUUUAUGUAUCGGGGAGACUUUCAUUGACGACGACGCGAUACUUUCGUCCCAUUCAUUCACGACAUUCUUAAAGCUAAUUAAAGUCGAACAUCUGAUUAAUCAUGAAUCGUUGAUACGUUACAGUAAACAAAGUAUUUCAUUUAUGUAUUAUAGUCAUUUUAAUUGAACGGACAGGUGAAUGAAAAGAAGGCAUGCGUCAUCGGUGACGAAAGUCUCAGGAGUGACUGUAACGAGUCGUUAUAAUUAAUUUGCGGGGGGGUAAUUUAAAGCGUUAGUACCGUCAGCAUAUAUAAUUGUCACGCAGGCGUGUCCAGGAUCGGUAACAGAACGCGAAAUACUCGUGAAAAGAGAACGACUUUAAAAGAAAAACGACUGUACGGGGAGAACGGAAUUCGCUUGUUGAAGCAAUUGAUCGCAUAAAUUGAUCGACUUCUCUGUGUUACAUGUAUCUUGUAUAUAAAUCGAAACUAUGCCUAA